UAUUUCACUUAGCAACAUAAAUUUUGGUCUCAAUUGUGGUCGUAACUCGAGGACUACCUGUAAUGAGCUUCCAUGUCCACCUGUUUUGAGUUUGGCAGUUUAUGUGAAUACUCCUUUGGAGGUGAAUAUAGAAUGGAAAUUGUUCCUUAUAUGAAAAAAUAGUGUACUUCACUCACACAAAUGCACACAUACAUGCACAAAAGCAGGAUUUAUCUGCUCAAUUCCAUUGCAAACUUAUUCCAGUUCUGUGGGAAUAACUUGUUCAAUGGUUAAAGUAUCCACUUUCUCAUUCUUGGAUUUUUCCCCCCCAUCUCAAAUACAGAAACUGGAAACCAUUUUAAAUUCUUGACAUGUAAAAUUUAUCUCUUGGGAAAAGAGCGCCUAAUGGCCUUCUGUGCUUAUUCCAGUGGCUCUGGCAUCGGUCCUAUGAAUGAAAAGGCAUUUGGAGAUCUACAAGAUUCCUUGGAGUUGUGUUACUGGCAGAGAAAAGAUGGAGACACAACCUUUAGCAAGUGAGAGAACUGGAAAAGGCCUUUCAGCUGUACAACCUGGGUGCUGUGAGGCCAGAACUGGGCAGAAGAUCCUGAAGGAGCAAACCAUCAUGCAUUCAGAAGUUCAGCCCUGGAACCUCAGGAGCCUCCAAUACCAGGAGGCUGAGGGUCCUCGAGGACUUUGCAGCCAACUCCACAAUUUUUGUAAGCGAUGGCUGAGACCAGAAAGACACACUAAAGCACAGAUGAUGGACCUGGUGGUUCUGGAGCAGCUCAUGGCCCUUCUUUCCCCAGAGAUGGAGAGCUGGGUGCGGGAGUGUGGAGCAGAGACCAGCUCCCAGGCGGUGGCCCUGGCAGAAGGUUUCCUCCUGAGCCAGGUGGAAGAGCUUAAGGAGCAGCUCAAGUUGCAGUCCUUUGCUGUGGAGAUCAGAGGUCCUGAGGGAAGGAAGAAUCCAUCAAAUCCCUCCCAAGAGCUGCUUUUCAGAAGGAUCUCUCAGGAAGACCCAAGUCAGGAUAUCUCAGGAGGAGGGAAGAGUCAAAUGAAGUUGUCUGCUCUCUAUGAUGGAGAUGAAACAAUGGUUGAACCUCCAACUCAAGAGGGUGUUGUGUCCUAUGAAGAUGUGGCUGUGUAUUUCUCUGAGGAGGAGUGGUCUCAUCUGGAUCCUGACCAAAAAGUUCUGCAUUGGGAAGUCAUGCUGGAAAAUCAAAGAAAUGUGGCCGAUCUGUGUAAUAAUGUGCAGGAGAAUAAAGAUUCUGGGGAAUCGUUCCAAAUGAUGAAUUCUGGAGACGGAAUGCAGAAGCGUGCAAUGCAAAUGCAACUAGAAAGCCAUGAGAAAAAACAGUUAAAUAAUUGGAAUCAGAAAAGCUUAUCUUCCAUUGAUGCUCUGAUGAAAGACUUUCUUGCCCAACAAGGGAAGAUAAAGAAGAAAUCUUUUGAGAAACGUGUACAACAAUUCAAAAAUAAAUUAGAUGUCAAUAAACACUAUCCAAUGCAAGCCAAAGGAGAAGGUCAUGUGUAUAGAGACAAUUGGAAAAAAUUCAAUUGGACUUGGUCUUUUAGUCAUGAAAAUAAAUCCAGUUCAUCUCAAAACAAAAUUCACCCAGGAGAGAAGCCAUAUAAAUGCCUAGACUGUGGGAAAAGCUUCUGUGAAAAUGGGUCUCUUACUAUUCAUAAAAGGAUCCACACAGGAGAGAGGCCAUAUAAAUGUUUGGAGUGUGGGAAAUGUUUCAGAAGAAGCAAUCAAUUUACUUCCCAUAAGUGGAUCCACACAGGGGAAAAGCCAUAUAAAUGCAGUGUGUGUGCAAAGGGUUUCUGUGAAAAUGCAUCCCUUCUGAAACACGAAAGGAUCCACACAGGGGAAAAGCCAUAUAAAUGCAGAGUGUGUGGAAAAACCUUCGUUCAGAGCAGUCAUCUUACUUCCCAUAAAAGGAUUCACACAGGGGAGAAGCCAUAUAAAUGUAGAGAGUGUGGAAUGAGUUUCAGUAGGUGUGGUUCCCUUAGUUUCCAUAAAAGAAUCCACACAGGAGAGAAGCCAUAUAAAUGCAUGGAGUGUGGAAAGAACUUUACUAAAAGGAGUGUACUUACUUCCCAUAAAAGGAUUCACACAGGAGAAAAGCCAUAUACAUGCUUGGAGUGUGGAAAGGCCUUCAGUCAACAGGGUAAUCUUACUUCCCAUGAAAGGAUGCACAGUGGAGAAAGGCCUUACAAAUGUCGAGAAUGUGGAAAGAGCUUCUCUGAAAAUGCAUCGCUUACAAAGCAUAAAAGGACCCACACGGGGGAAAAACCAUAUAAUUGUUUGGAGUGUGGGAAAGGCUUUGGUACUAGUAGUAAUCUUAAUUCCCAUAAAAGAAUCCAUGCAGGGGAAAAGCCAUAUAAAUGUAUGGAGUGUGGAAAGACCUUCAUUAAUAGUAGCCAACUUACUUCCCAUAACUGGAUCCACACAGGUGAGAAGCCAUAUAAAUGUGUGAAGUGUGAAAAGGCCUUCAGUCAACAGGGGAAUCUUACAUCCCAUGAAAGGGUGCACAGUGGAGAGAGGCCUUAUAAGUGCCCAGAGUGUGGAAAGAGCUUUUCCGAAAAUGCAUCCCUUAUGAAACAUAUAAGGAUCCACACUGGAGAAAAACCAUAUAACUGCUUAGAGUGUGGAAAGGGUUUUACUACCAGUAGUAAUCUUCAUUCCCAUAAAAGAAUCCAUGCAGGGGAGAAGCCAUAUAAAUGCAUGGAGUGUGGAAAGACUUUUACUCAAAGCAGUAAUCUCACUUCUCAUAAAAGAAUCCACACAGGCGAUAAACCAUAUAAAUGCAUGGAGUGUGGAAAGACUUUUACUCAAAGCAGUAAUCUCACUUCUCAUAAAAGAAUCCACACAGGCGAUAAACCAUAUAAAUGCAUGGAGUGUGGAAAGAGCUUCUGUGAAAAUGCACCUCUUAUGAGACAUAAAAGGAUCCAUACAGAAGAGAAGCCAUAUAAAUGCAUGGAGUGUGGAAAGGAUUUCUGUCAAAAGUCAUCUCUUAUGAGACAUAAAAAGAUCCACGCAGAGGACAAGCCAUAUAAAUGUUCGGAAUGUGGAAAGAGUUUCAGGACAAGGAAUGACCUAAUUUCCCAUACACAGAUCCAUUUGGGAGAGAAGCCGUAUAAAUGCAUGGAGUGUGGAAAGAGCUUCACUUUUAGUACUUCUCUUACUUUGCAUUCCCGGAUCCAUACAACAGAGAAGCCCUAUAAAUGCAUGGAGUGUGGAAAGAGCUUUACUUGGAGCAACAGUCUUGCUUCCCAUAAAAGGAUCCACACAGGAGAGAAACCCUAUAAAUGCAUGGAGUGUGGAAAGAGCUUCUCUCUUAGUAGUUCUCUUACUUCGCAUUAUCGGAUCCAUACAGGGGAGAAGCCCUAUAAAUGCAUGGAGUGUGGAAAGAGCUUCUCUCUGAGUAGUUCUCUAACUUCUCAUUACCGGAUCCAUACAGGUGAGAAGCCCUAUAAAUGCAUGGAGUGUGGAAAUACUUUUACUCGGAGAAGGAGUCUUACUUCCCAUAAAAGGAUCAACCAACGGAAUAAGAUGUAUAACUGCAAGGAGUGUGGAAAGAACUUUCCUACACACUGUCAACUUAACGAUCAUAAGAAGAUCCACACAGGAGAAAAGCCCUAUGAAUGUAUGGAGUAUGUGAAGAGCUUCAGCUCACUCAGAGAUCUUUUUUUACAUAAAAUGGUCCACAAAGGGGAAAAGCCUUAUAAAUGCAUGGAGUGUGGAAAGUCAUUUAUACAGAGAAUUCAUCUAAGUUCACAUACAAGAAUCCACACUGCAGAGAAGCCCUAUAAAUGCAAGGAAUGUGGAAAGACCUUCUUAUCUAGUAAUUCUCUUACUUCCCAUUACUCGGUCCAUACAGGGGAGAGGCUGUAUAAGUGUACAGAGUGUGGAAAGAGCUUCUGUCAAAAUUCUUCUCUUUCUCUUCAUAAACGAAUCCACACAGGGCAGAAGCCAUAUAAAUGCAUGGAAUGUGGAAAGAGCUUCCCUAGGAACACUGAUCUUAUAGCACAUAUAAAUAUGCACACAGGGGAGAAACCACAUAAAUGCAAUGAGUGUGGAAAGAGCUUUAUUAAGAACAGUCAACUUAUUUACCAUAGUAGUAUCCAUACAGGGGAGAAGCCCUAUAAAUGCAUGGAAUGUGGAAAGAGCUUUAUUAAGAACUCUCAACUAAUUUGCCAUAAUAGGAUUCAUACAGGAGAGAAGCCCUAUAAAUGCAUAGAGUGUGGAAAGAGCUUCCCUAAGAACAGUGAUCUUAUUGCACAUACAAAGAUCCACACAGGGGAGAAACCACAUAAAUGCAUGGAGUGUGGAAAGAGCUUCAUUAAGAACAGCCAACUUAUUUACCAUAGUAGGAUACAUACAGGGGAAAAGCCGUAUAAAUGCAUGGAAUGUGGAAAAUGCUUUGCUGCCAGUAGUAACCUUACCUCCCAUAAAAAAAUCCACUCAGGGGAGAAACCUUAUAAAUGCAUUGAAUGUGGAAAGAGUUUUUCCUCAAACAGUAAUCUUAACACACAUAAAAAGAUUCACACAGGGGAGAAGCCUUAUAAAUGUAUGGUAUGUGAAAAAAGCUUUAUUAUGAACCGUUCUCUUAACUCCCAUAUAAGGACCCACAUGGUGUAGAAGCCAUAUACAUUUGUGAAAUCUGGAAAAAGCUUCAAGAUGAGAAGUGGCCAAAAUCCCCUUGACAAAUGCCUAUGGAGAUUCUCAUACAUCCAGGUCUUCGUUGUCCCAAAGGUACUUUUCCAAAAAGCAACUGGACUUCCAUUGCGUUUCCUUGAAAACCUUUUUCUCAUCCAAGUAGCAUCUUUUGUUCUGAAGAAGCAUCUCCUUGAAUAAACGAAACAUCUUCAAGAAAAUAGAAAUUCCAGUUGCCUUUUGAAAAAGUACCUGUGAGAGCCUUUGAUAAAUCCACCCAAGAGCGAAAAAAGUUUUCGUAUAUAAACAUAGGGAAAGAAGAUAGAAAUAGAUAUAUCCAGUAAGAUAGAAAUAGUUGCUAACCUAUAGUAAUAGGAAGAGAGUAAAAUAAAGUGUGGUUAGCAUGAACUUUACAAGCAAGGAGUGGGAGUUUUAAGUAUGUCUAAUAAAAUUUUUAUGGGAAAAACAAAUGCUGUCUUUGUAUCUGUUUACUAUACCAUAUCCCUAACAAUUGUUAAUUGGCAAAAAAAUUGGGGGAAGCAUUUGGAUGGGGGACAAACUUCUGAGUUUCAGAGACUCCUGCUGGAUUGAAGCUGUUUAUUCAAAUAGUAACCCUGGAUGAAUCUGUCAAAAUGGGGGAAAGGCACUAAUUUGAAUUUUCUGCCAGUUAUUGUCCAAUGUUGCAUUGCAAAAAUGGAAAUCAGACUGGGAGCCAUACAAAAUUA